GUGUUGAGCGUGGUUUCCUGUGGGAUUGUGUAAGGCCUUGCAGGACAAUAAACGUUUCGGGGGCACUGAGUAAUGUAGCCAUUUCUGACCCAGCAGCCGGGAAAAUGUGAGACGAUUUGCUACUGCUGGAAGGAGGACCGUGGGGCUGUGUUCCUGCAAGGGCAGAUUAACUUCACCUCAGCGGACCCGGCGAUGGAACAAGACAAAAUGGACAACAAUAUGGAUACAAAAUCCAUCCUAGAAGAACUUCUUCUCAAAAGGUCACAGCAAAAGAAGAAAAUGUCACCAAAUAACUACAAAGAGCGGCUUUUUGUUUUGACCAAAACAAACCUCUCCUACUAUGAAUAUGACAAAAUGAAAAGAGGCAGCAGAAAAGGAUCAAUCGAGAUUAAGAAGAUCAGAUGCGUGGAGAAAGUAAAUGUUGAGGAGCAGACCCCUGCGGAGAGGCAGUACCCAUUUCAGAUUGUCUAUAAAGAUGGGCUUCUCUAUGUCUAUGCAUCAAAUGAAAAGAGCCGAAGUCAGUGGUUGAAAGCAUUACAAAAAGAGAUAAGGGGCAACCCCCACCUGCUGAUCAAGUACCAUAGUGGGUUCUUCGUGGACGGGAAGUUCCUGUGCUGCCAACAGAGUUGCAAAGCGGCCCCGGGAUGUACACUCUGGGAAGCAUAUGCUGAUCUGCACAUUGCAACCAAUGAAGAGAAACACAGAGCUCCCACCUUCCCAGACAGAGUGCUGAAGAUUCCUCGAGCAGUUCCUGUUUUCAAAAUGGAUGAACCAUCUUCAAGUACCACUCUAGCUCAGUAUGACAGUGACUCAAAGAAAGACUAUGGCUCCCAGUCAAACGUCAAGAUGCGGUAUAUUCCGAAAGAAGACUUCCCUGACUGGUGGCAAGUCAGAAAACUGAAAAGCAGUGAAGAUUUUGCGUGCAGUAACCAAAGGGAAAGAGAUGUUGUAAAUCACAGCACCUCAAAGAUGUCAUGGGGAUUCCCUGAGUCAAGUUCAUCUGAAGAAGAGGAAAACCUGGAUGACUAUGACUGGUUUGCAGGUGACAUCUCCAGGUCACAAUCUGAGCAGUUACUGAGACAAAAGGGAAAAGAAGGAGCGUUUAUGGUUAGAAAUUCCAGCCAGGCGGGAAUGUACACAGUGUCCUUAUUUAGUAAGGCUGUGAAUGAUAAGAAAGGAACCGUCAAACAUUACCAUGUGCAUACAAAUGCUGAGAACAAAUUGUACCUGGCAGAAAACUACUGUUUUGAUUCCAUUCCAAAGCUUAUUCACUAUCAUCAACACAAUUCAGCAGGCAUGAUCACACGACUCCGCCACCCUGUGUCGACCAAGGCCAACAAGGUUCCCAUCUCCGUGUCCUUGGGAAGUGGACUCUGGGAACUGAAAAGAGAAGAGAUUACCCUGCUGAAGGAGCUGGGAAGUGGCCAGUUUGGAGUGGUCCAUCUGGGCAAGUGGAAGGGGGAGUAUGAUGUUGCUGUUAAGAUGAUCAAGGAGGGUUCCAUGUCAGAGGAUGAAUUCUUCCAGGAGGCCCAGACCAUGAUCUUCCUCCAAAUCAGUCAUGGAAGUUCUCAAGUGCCACGAGACGAAACAGGAUUUCUGAGGCAACAGACCAUUGCUUCCCUGAUUCUCUGCAGGAAACUCAGCCAUCCCAAGCUGGUGAAAUUCUACGGAGUGUGUUCAAAGAAAUACCCUAUAUACAUAGUGACUGAAUAUAUAACCAAUGGCUGCUUGCUUAAUUACCUGAAGAGUCAUGGUAAAGGACUUGAACCCUCCCAGCUCUUGGAAAUGUGCUAUGACGUUUGUGAAGGCAUGGCCUUCUUGGAGAGGCACCAGUUCAUACAUCGGGACUUGGCGGCUCGGAACUGCUUGGUGGACAGUGAUCUCUCUGUGAAAGUAUCUGACUUUGGAAUGACGAGGUAUGUUCUUGAUGACCAGUAUGUCAGUUCAGUAGGAACAAAGUUUCCAGUCAAGUGGUCAGCCCCAGAGGUGUUUCACUACUUCAAAUACAGCAGCAAGUCAGACGUAUGGGCAUUUGGGAUCCUGAUGUGGGAAGUAUUCAGCCUGGGGAAGCAGCCCUACGACUUGUAUGACAACUCCCAGGUGGUUGUGAAGGUCUCCCAGGGCCACAGGCUCUAUCGGCCCCAACUGGCAUCAGACACCAUCUACCAGAUCAUGUACAGCUGCUGGCACGAGCUUCCAGAAAAGCGUCCCACAUUUCAGCAACUCCUAUCUUCUAUGGAACCACUUCGGGAAAAAGACAAGCCUUGAAGAAGAAAUUAGGAGCUCUGAUGAGAAUGAAUGUACAUGUUGGCCAACAUUUUCAUUCUUUUUAAGGAAAGUAGCAAGGCACAGACAAUGUAAUUUAGCUAGUUCUUCUUAAUGGUAUUCUGUGUGCUGUUUGUCUAUUAUCUUAUCUAGAAAUGAACAAGGUAGGAAACAAAAGAUUUCCGUGAAAUUUAGGUCUAAUUAGUAAUUUUGUUUAUGCUGCUCUUAAUAUUACACUCCCCAGCCUGUAGCAGAAGCACAUUUUCUGAUUGCAAUAGAAAGAGGGUGUGUACCGUGUGCAAAGAUUGAGCAGAAUUGAAAAAUUAUUUGUUGGAUAUUUGUUCUUUUCUUUAAUUGUCACUCUCAUGAUAAUUAAAUAUACUAUUAUCGAGUACAGAAAGGUGGACACUUGCCGUGAUGUUUCAAUGUUCUGAAUCUUUAGCAUGCAUGAGAAUCAAAUGGAGAGUUUAUUAAAACACGAUUCCUGGAACUACCCCAGAGAUUCUGGUAGAGCAGGUCUGAGUGCAGCCUGAGAAUCUGAAUUUUUAACAAGUUGUCACAUGUCCCCGUGUAGUCAGGCCAAACUGCCCUAGGGGACCUCAUCAUGUGGUGAGCAUCAUUAGGUGGUCCAUAAUCCAAUCCAAAUGACACAAUUCUCCUCUGACAUCUGGAUUAGAACAAUGACUUUUUACGUCACCAUGUACACAAAUAAAAAACUAAAGUUAAAUUAUAUUAUUCAAUAAUGUAGCAACCUUGUUUCACGCAGAGCAUAUUUCAAAAGAUGCUAAGGUAUAACUUGAUGUCUUUUUCCUUAACCUUAACUGUUACCAAUCUCAACACAAGUGCAACCAUGAACUUAUAUCUAGAAUUGAUUAGAUCGUUGCUUUCUAAUCAUUUUCAAUCCUUGAGUUUAGGGCUCUGGGGCUUCUGGCUAGUUUGAUAACUGCAGUUUCUAUUUCAGUCUUCUAUUUUGACACGAAAGUACAAAAGUACUAUUUUAGCUUCUCAUGGCUAUUACUCAAAGGUACUUUAGCUUUAAAACCGUUCCUGGGAAUGCCUUCCUUCACGCCGGCUGCGGAACCCGUAGGUUUUACUCUGUUUUGGAGUACUUCAUUGUCAUUUCUAUAACGUCAUGAAGAGAAAGAGAAGGGUGAUGUGGAGGGCACUGUUAAAAUGAAAAGACGCCCUACGUAAGCCCCGCUACUAUUUUCUAGAUAUAAGUUAGUAAUUUCCCUUCAGAGACAUUCACGCCCUCCCUCAUCUCACUCACUCCCUCAUCCCCCAGCUAUUUCGAAAGAUCCCUCUUGGUUAUUUGCUUCUUGACAUUUAAAUAAUGAUUUCUUUAAAUUCAGCAGAAUUGACUUAUGAUACCAGCCUUCUAUUUUUUACACAGGUACACAAAUCUCAAUUUAUAAUGAAAUGGAACUUUCAAAAUAACCAUUAGGGUAUUUAUAUAUUCAGCAAGCAUUUCUUUAGGGUGUCUUGUGUGCCAGGUUCUUUCCUACCCAAAGGAAGAGAAGGAACAAGUGACACAGCCCUCCCCCUCGAUGGGCCCACAGUCAGGUGGCGGUGCCAGCCUUUGCUGCUCUCUCUGAUCCUGUCCACCAGGGACAUGUACCUCAGACAGUUAACGCCCCAGAGAAAGAUUUCUCAGCUCGAACUAGGUGUUCCUGGACCCCGCCCCCCUUGAAGAUUGUUUUCCUUUCUUCUCCUUAUUUUUAUAUACUUGAUCUCCUAAAAAUAAUCCUCUUUGUAACUAAAGUAAUACAUGGUUGUUGCGAAAAUUCAAACAAUAUAGAAUUGUCUCUCUAUGAAAAGAAGCCAAAGCCUUGCUUAGAAACCUGGCUUCAAAAAUCAAGUUCAAGCAAGAUAUUAAGGUACCAGUAGAGGUUUAUCAGAAAAUAAGUUCAGUGAAGCCAGGAGAAGCCAAGUAAAGGAACGGUCUUCAUACUAUUUUAAAACAUGCAUAAUAAUUUUUAAAAUGCUGUUAAACUGUGUUUAGUGGUGAUUUCUGGCAUUUAUUGUCGUUUUUAACCAGAGGCCUGCCUGUACUCUCUUGGAAGUGAAGAAAAAGGUCAUCUUCCCCUGACUUGGCUAACUGAUCCACCAUUACUAUUAUCUCUAUAGAAUUUAUUAAGCACAAAGUUGCUCUAACAUUAUGCUGGUCAGCACACAGAGUAAGUUGAUGGGUAGAAUUUCAAUAUUUUAAUCUAUUUUAAAUCAGUCUUCAGGUAUGUAACGGAUGCUAUAGUCAGAACUGGGCUGGGGGCUCUGAGAUAUGUAAAAGCAGUAUCAGGUUUGGUUUCUAAGCUGAUGGUGUAUACAAUCUUAACACAACUCUUUUUGGAUUGAUUUUACAACUGCUUUGUACAAUAAAGGAAUUUAAGAAAUUAGGA